ACGGAAGUCAUUUGCAUCCCCAGUGCAAACAUCUCCGCCUCUUGAGGACGUUGCCAUGACAACUGAGAACCGACCCGAGUACAUUCCCUUCAGUCUGGCGUGGUCUCCGGGCAACCGAGCGUCGUCCAGAAAAAAAACAUCCGGAACGUUCAGCGUUCGUUCGAAUGUGGUCAACACUUUUUUACUUGCCAUUAACAUGAUGACCAACACGUUUCCUUUCUUGGCGGACUACGAGCGGCUGAAGCUUAGAGUGGAGAAGAAGACGAGGAACAUUUUUAUUACUCAGCCCGAUGACUGCAGGAAAAGAGAGGAGAAUGUGAAUUACAUACCUGUUGUCACUGAGCCUCCAAUCAGAAUCCUCAAGAUUGGCGUGAACACCCUACAAAAGACCUUGGUUCUGAAGAAACAAGUCGAACUGGAUGAGGUGAACAACCUUCUUGCACUCAAAAGAGAAGAGUUUAAGCAAAAUGUGGAGAAGCUGGCUCAAAGAAAGUCUGAGCUGCAGAUAAAAUAUCAAGAGACAAAAGAGAAAAUACAGAAGUUUGAAAAGUUUCUGAGUGACAAUGAAGUGAAGCGCAAUCAAGCUGUGCAGCAGAAUAAAGAAGUGCAGGAGCACAAUUUAAUGAAGCAGCACGAGUUGGAGGAGCUAACUAAACAAAUGCAGCAACUUCGAGCUAAGAGGCUCGUUUUGAAGGAGAGACUAUCCAAAUACAAAAUCUACGAGGACUUUUUGAUGAAAACAUUGGAUUAUCUUCCAAAUGGUCACCGUGAGACCGACUCGGAAUAUGCAGUCAUGCCCAUCAUCCGGCGCCAUGAGACGUUGCGCUUUACCCACCAGCAGCUGCUGCGCCGUUUGGGCCGUGUGGAGGAGGAGGUGGAGCGGGGCAGGCAACAGCUGCAUGCCAUCGAGCGAGGACACAACUUGCUCAAAUUGAUGGCUAGUAAAGAACUUUAUGAACUUCAGAGGGAGUUGGAGAGCUUGAAAGAGAAAAACAAGCAGGAAGAGGACAAACUGCUGAAGGAGCAAGGACAGUCCAGAAAGAAGGCUGAGGAAGUAGGAAGCCUAAUUUUGGCCAUCAGCAACCUCGCAGAGCAGUGUUACCUGCCAGCGUAUGGAAAUCUGGAAAACAUGAGCACAUCCGUAAUGAUGGACAUGGUGAAGGAGUACCUCGUGGACAAGGCGGACACAGAGAAGAGAGCGAGGAGACUCAUGGAGUGUGGUUCCCUAGCAACGAGUAAAACAGCUUUGACCGACAUGAAAGCAAAGGCCUCCAUGAGCAGCUUUGGCAGUAAAACGCAACUUAAAAGUCAGAGUAAAGUCAGUAGGACAAGCGAUCAAUCUAGUUGAGGUGGAGAUUUAGAAAAAAAACAACUGAUGAAGCUGUGAGGAUUGAAAAUCUAAAAUAUUAACUACUGUGAAAAUGUUAAGCAAUGGUAUAUUUAACUAUUGUAUUUUAACAAUAAAGUUAAACUGAGUCAUAAAAACUGAAAUGUUUUGAAGAAAAUAUUUUUGUAUGUGAAAUGAUUCUUUCAGUGUUUUGCUUGUGAACUACCACACUAUUUCCAUUCCAUGACAA